CUUGAGGUCAAGGUCACGAAAACACGUUAAACACUUCUCUGUUACUGGGACUUGCCAUUUACCCACUGAGGGAAAAAGGCAAUACUUCUUUCUGGCGAAACUGUUAAUCUUAUUUAUAGUAUUAGAUUUUGAGAUGAAUCAAACUUAAACUCGGUAUCAACUAAAUGAAAUUUAAGCGCUCAGUAAGGAAAUUUUUCGAUCGAAAAGUGCGUUUUUCGAAUUAAAAGAUAAAAUAACUCUUCCCUUAAAUGCAUUGUAGAGAAAGCUUACACUAUUCUGUCAAAAGACUCGAAAGGCACUUUAACUUUGCGAUAAUUGUUCCUUAGCGAAUAGUUCCGUGUGACUACAGUGCUCGGUUAUCACGGUGAUGAAACCUAGUAUCAUGUCCGAUAUGCGUUAAAAACAAUAGCAUGGGUUGCCGGUGAAUUGUGGUGAGAAAUUAGUGGGUUUCAGAGGAAUCCUUUGGGACAUAAAUGGUAAAAAACUAAUGAAUAUUGUAUAUGACCUAUAGUAAGAAAAUGGGCAAAUUUUGGUUGACAAAACUUUUACCGUUUUUACCAUUUUCCUGUUCUCUUCAUUAUUUAGCCAAUAGUUUAUCAUUGGUAAACCAAAAUUUUACGCUCCUUAAUCAUACUGGUUUUUGCACAUUGUUGUUUGCCCAUUUUUAUGCAGCUAGAGUUUCUGUAUUACCACCUUUUAUCACCAUUAUUUCCUCAUUGCAAUACUGAAUUGCUGGUGGCUAACCGAUUAACUGUGGCAUCUUUAGAGUAAUAGUGCUGCCAGUGAAAUGUAUCGUUAGUUUGAAUACGAAGACUGUACAGUCCUUUUAGGUGAAAAUGACAAAAUACAGUCUUCUAAACAUCUUGUGCAAAAGUCACAGAAGAAUUUGAAUGUGAUUUAUUUUAAUGUAAUGCUGUUUUUUUCAGUCUUUGUUGACUUUUGGUCUAAAGAUAAGAUCUGAAUUUAUAAGUUACUUAAUUUUUUUGUGACUCUGCAUCCUUCACCAGUUGUCGACGAAUUCUUAGCGGAGGCAUCAAAGGUUCAUUUGACACUUGUCAGUUCGCAUCAUUUGCACAUUCUGUUGUCCACCAAAGGAACUUUAUGCUGUGAAGCAGUGCACUUUGUUACUAAGUCACCCAUUAUCAAAAUACACUUGCUUAAUAACGUUUCCACUAUAUAUAGUGAAAGCGUAAAAAGAUUGUUGAAAGAAAGCUGAGUACUGCUAAUUUGGGCCUUGACUGUAUUUAAUCCUGUUUCUUGGUUUUCAUCAGUUAUGAAGUAAAUUUUUAAGGGAAUACUAUGACCAAACAUUAAGAACGUACAGAUCAUCCACUACAAAUCGCAUCUGAAAACCUGUGACCUUUUUCUAAUACACGAGUGAAUCUCUAAAUCUAUUGGUUCUUGUAAUAAGGACAAGUAAAGGGCUAUUUAUAUGUUCUUAUUCUCACAAGUAAACACUAUUAUUUGUAUCACAACAAGCAUUCCACAUUAUCGAUUGUCGUCUUUCAGAAUACGAUAACCCUGUGGAAACUAUAUUGUAAAUUGGCAAAUUAAAACGGGUUAAAUAUAUAAAGAAACUCCUAAAAUAUACUUCUGGGUUCUAAAGAUAAAGUAGCUGAUAUUUGUUUGCAAUAAAAGUUUUAUUUAAAGAUUACUCAGCCGUCAAUUAUUUCAAAUGCUAUGUGUAUAUGAUCGUAGUUCUCUUUGCAUUAUUUUAGAGACAGGUUAUGGCAAAUCUUACCGAACAGUUACCAACAUAUAUUUUUACAGUAUGUGGGAGGAAGUAGCUGUGAAUUUAUGCAAGAAAGUAUCUGAUACAUUUUUGAGAGAAUAUCUACAUACAUUCUGUAGUGGCAGUUCACAUCCUUCAGGUAGCAAAGAGAAUAAUGAACUAGCAGGUGUGAUAGAGACUAGCUGGAGGAAAUGGGGUUGGUCAAUUGUCAAUCGUCAAGAAUUUUAUGUGACUUUGCCACUAGGGCCUCCAGAGAAUGGUCCAUGGAAUGAAGUUCUUCUUACUGACGAAAGUGGUUCUCAUGUUUUGCACAGAGCUCAAAACAGCGUUACUACCCCACCUAAGUGUGCGGAGCUCAAUGGGCAGCUGGCCUCUGUAAACUCAAAAAAUUGUCAUUUACCAGUUUAUCAGGCAUAUUCUUGCUCAGGAGAAGCAUUUGGACAUUUUGUAUUUGUGAAUUAUGCGAAUCGUAAUGACUUGCUUCUGUUUGAUAAAUUACAAGAACGAAAGAAAGGUCAGCCAAGUCUGUUAUGCAACAAGAACAUAAUUGUUAUAGCUCGGCUUGGUAAAGGAACGCGACAAUCCAAGUUAAGAAAUCUAAUGAAACAUUGCGAUUGUGGUCAUAAUGGUGAUCCACUACCAGACCAUCAUCCUGGAGGACUCAUUCUUUAUCCUGAUCCAAGUGAUUUUACUGUAAAUCAUCAUGUAUACCCUGAUGGAAAUGGACUUCCUGGAGAUGCACCCGUAUUUGGCCAUAUUAAUAUGAAGCACGGUGGAGGCGAACCGAAUUGCACCGGUUUUCCAUCACUACCUCAUAUUUACAGAACAGAUGCUUUAGUACCGGGUCAGGCGCUUACUCAGAUUCCUGUUCAACCUAUUGGUUAUAAUGACGCGAAAAUAUUUUUGUCCUAUCUGCAAGGACCUAGUGUUCCUAGUGAUUGGGAAAUGAGCCUAGCAAGAAAUUUGGGACCAUCAUCUAACAGCUGUUUGAAAAUAAUUGUCAAUAAUGAAGUCUCUACAAAUCCUGUCAAGUUAUGCAAUGUAAUUGGGAUUAUGCCUGGAGAAAUGACAUCCACUAGCAACGAAGCAGAUCAGUAUGUGAUUAUGGGUAAUCAUCAUGAUGCUUGGGUUCAAGGUGCAUGUGAUCCAGGAUCAGGUAUGGUGAUUUUACAACAGAUUGCUCAAAUUCUAGGUGAAGCCUAUCGUGAUGGUUUUAGACCUCGUCGUACCAUAAUCCUUGCUUCUUGGGAUGGUGAAGAAUUCUCUCUGUUGGGUUCCACACAUUUUGCACAAAGUCAGGAAUAUGAACUACUAUCCAGAUGUGUUGUUUAUAUCAACUCAGAUUGUCCAAUUAAGGGUCAUAAAACAUUUUCUGCUCGAACAGAUCGACUGUUAGUUGAUAGUUUUUAUAAAGCUGCGAAACUAGUUCAAAUUGAUCCACCGGAGAAUAUUCAGUCACUGUAUGAUGAAUGGUUGAAUGAUGGAUCCACUGAUCGUAAUGAACCCAUUGUAUCUCCUCUUGGCGGUGGAUCAGAUCAUAUACCUUUUGCUUAUCGUUUGGGAAUUCCAUCUACGUAUCCAGAAUUUUGGCCAGAUGAUGGAUUAUACAACGCAUCAGUGUAUCAUACAGCUUAUGAUGUUGUUGAUGUCGUAGAGAGAUUCACUGAUCCUGCUUCACCAAUCACUGGUCAUCUUCCUCGACAUCGACUAAUCUGUCGUUUAAUUCUAACCUUGAUUAUUCAGUUUGCCUGUGCUCCUCGUCUUCCGCUGUCUCUAUUGAGGUUGUCUCAAUGUUUGCUAGAUAAUUGGUCACAAUUUGUGGAAUUAGUAGCGGAUCAAAUACCAAAUUUAGUGGAAUAUGGUGUACAUUUAGACUGGAUUACAGAAGAACUUGAAAAUUUUAAAAAGUCAUCUCAAGAUUUCGAAGAAUUUGUGAAUUUGGUAGAACAAAAUCAUAAUGAUUUUCCAUCAUAUCUCAAUCGAAUACUUUCUGGCAUUGCCAAGCAUUUUGUGCUAGUUACCAGUCAAAGGGAAAAUGCACCUUUGAGAAAUAUCAUCCAAGGGACAACAGGUUAUAAUUCAAUUUAUUUUCCCUAUGUUAGAUCUUCGUAUGAAAAGUUCCGAAAUUUAUACAACAAGUGUCAAACAGAAAUCUUACAGUCAAAAGAACUCAAUGAAUUCAAAGUGGAACUUUCAAAUAUCUCUAACUGUCUACAACAAAUUUGUAAUUGGCUUCGAAAUGGUCUGAUCGGUUUAAGCAUUUCAUCAACAGUUUAGUUGGCAUUUUGCUCAUACUUAUAUUUACAUGUAUUAUUAUUUGUUUGGAUUUAUUUCUACUGAUUGUUUUUCUUUUGAUGUGCGAUUCAUCUAUUAGCUAUGGUGUUUUUCACUUAUGUAUUAGGAAGUAGAGAGGUUUUUAGGCAAUUGAUAAAUACAAGUU